AGGAGUGGCCACUGUAUAAAAAGAUACACGAGUGCAGCAAAACGAAAGCAUAGAAGGAACUUCUGCACUUGAACAACAUGACGCUGACGACAAUGUGGGCUCUUCUGCUGGGUGUCAUCCUCACGAUUCAAGGCGACUCGCAAGCUCAGGAGUGCGGAACGGCACCACUAAACUCGAGGAUAGUCGGAGGCGUGGAUGCCCCGGCGGGCGCGUGGCCCUGGCAAGUCAGCAUGCACUGGAGGGGGGUCCACGUAUGCGGUGGGAACGUAAUCGGCCGGGAAUGGGUGCUCACGGCGGCCCACUGCAUUCCCAGCCUUGACCCUAGUCCUUGGCUCCUGUACUUUGGAAAACAAAAUCAGAGCACCACGAGUCCCAACGAGGUCAACCGCGCCGUCUCCCAGGUCAUCGUCCACCCCGAGUACGACAGCUUCACCAGGCAAAACGACGUCGCGCUCAUGAGGCUGAGCAGCCCCCUCGUUUUCACCGACUACAUCCGACCCAUCUGCGUGGCGAGCAGGUCCAGCGCUUUCAACAACGGCACCAGGUGCUGGGCCACUGGAUGGGGCAGACUGUCAGCUGACGAGCCACUUGAGGCCUUCGAAAGGUUGCAAGAGGUUGAGAUUCCAGUCAUCGGAAACCGGGAAUGCGCCUGCAGCUACACCCUGGUGGAAAACGCGAGCAUCGCCAGCAAUAUGCUGUGCGCCGGGGAGGAGAACAGAGGAACAUGCCAGGGUGACUCAGGCGGGCCGGUGCAAUGUCGGCAAGGCUCGACGUGGAUCCUGGCAGGCGUCGCCAGUUUUGGCGUACCUUGCGCCCGCAGGUUUUUCCCCGAGGUCUUUGCCCGCGUGUCGGUUUACCAGGACUGGAUUACAACGGGAGCGGCGGGGGCCAAUAUUAGUUUCGUGACCUUCGCCUCGACCGGUCCCGACCAGGACGACAAUUUCGUGUGCAGGCUCGCCGCAACCUCGUCGGCGCCUCUUUCUCGUCUUAGCAUCUUGCUCUUCCUGUUGUGCGUUCAGGCUUUACAAGCGACUUUAUAAUACCGAUUACCUCAUCACAUGACAAAUUCGAAAAUUGUAUUUUGAAUGUUUAUCCUUUUAUGAAUCACCAUCAAUGACAUUUCUCUCUCCCGGAUUUUGACCCAAUGAUUCCAUACCUCACUCGUACGCGUGAACCAACAAUCUAAAUAUGAACACUCAUAUUAACGACACUGUGAAGGUUUACAACAGUGGAGUCACUUCAAUAGUUUACAUUUCCUAAUUUUAUUUAGAAUAAACAUUGAAUCAUAAUUACGAUGGCUACUGGAAGUAUUUAAUAGGCUUGAAAUGAAGAACAAGAUAUUAAUCGGUGAAUUUAACCCGAAUUGAACCUCAUUUGUGUGGAAUUCAUUAUUCAUUCAUGCAUCUGAGAAAUUAAUCUUCAAAUUAUGACACUUGAACAUCUUUGGGGUGACAAUUAUGACACAAAUAAUACGGGUUGAAUAAAGUAAAAAAAAAAAAAAAAAACCUCCAACAGCUUUAUCUUUAAUGCGUUUGGCCCAUUUCUUAAAAUAAUGCAAUAGUGACAUUAUAAUAUAGUUUUGUCCGUUCGGUCACGAUGACUUAAAUGUGUUCAAAAUUUGAAUGUGUGUGAUGUUAUUGCUAUGCCCAAUUAAUUAUUUUGUCAAAUGUCAUCAAGAUGCGUCACUAGUGCAAAAGAUUCAAAUAAAUCCAGGCGAGGUGAGCUCUUACGUCCUCUCAGGCAAGGAAAAGGCCAAGAAAACAUUAAACCGGUUUGUAAUUACCUCAAUUGUUGAAGCAUCUUUUAAUCUAAGCCAAAAUUAGCUUAGUCAUUCUAGUCGUUGCAAUCUAGGUGCAGGAAAUUCUAAGGUUGCACUUCCCUGUUCCCUCAAUUUGUAUUUAUUUUCUACAAAUCAUGUAUCUUUGUUCAUCUAUCCAAGCCAAGAACGUAGAUAACCUGAAUAAAAACAUGGAGCCAUUCAUA